ACCGACAGAGGGAGUGAGCCCAGUCCCGCGGUGGAUGUUGGGACGGGCCGCUAAGUUGUAAGGAGCGCGGAAGCUCCGCUUCUAGCGGCCCCGUUUUGCCUCACGAGAUAAAGAAACCGAAAGCGGCGGCUGCUUAGAAAGUUUGGGGCUCUUCUGCCCAGCGACCGGGGAAAUGAGUCGCAUGGGGUAGAAAGAAGACUAAAUGCAGGGCGUCCCGGCCAAGCGGGAAGAUUGUAUGCCUGAGGGCAGGGCCUUAGAACUGAUUUUGUAAGCUGCUGUGAGAGUCUGUUUGCCUAAAAGGUCCAGCCAUGCAGGAAAGCAUCCGAUUUGCUUCAUCGGGAGAUGAUGAUGUUAAAAUAUGGGACGCUUCAUCUAUAACUGUAGUGGAACAGUUCAGUCCCCAUGCUUCAUCACACCCAGUUAGCUCUGUAUGCUGGGGCAGCAACAAUAAUUUUCUGGUCACUGCUUCUGCUGCUGGUGAUAAAAUAGUGAUUUCAAAUGGUAAAGGUAAACCAGUUCCACUCUUUGAGCUAGCUGAAGGGGCAAAACAAACCUGUAUAAGUUUGAGUUCUAAUUCAAUGUACAUUGCAAGUGGAGGUGUGGAUAGCACUGUUAACAUAUGGGAUUUAAAGUUCAGAAAACUUCACCGAGCUCUUAAGGAUCACAGAGAUGAAAUAACUUCUGUAACAUUUAAUUGGAAUGAUUGCUAUAUCGCUUCGGGGUCUAUGAGCGGUGAAAUUAUCUUGCAUAGUCUUACUACGAAUUUAUCCAGCACUCCAUUUGGCUUUGGCAGCAGUCAGCCCAUUCGGCACUUGAAAUAUUCUUCCUUUAAGAAAGCAUUAUUGGGUAGCGUUUCCGACAGUGGGUCUGUAACUCUGUGGGAUGUCAACAGUCAAACCCCAUAUCAUAACUUCGAAAGUGCUCAUAAAGCUCCAGCCUAUGAAAUCUGUUUUUCUCCCAUCAGUGAGCUGCUACUUGUAACUGUAGGUCUGGAUAAAAGAAUCAUUCUCUAUGACACCACCAGUAAAAAGCAGCUGAAGACUUUAGUAGCAGAAUCUCCUCUAACUGCAGUAGAAUUCAUGCCCGAAGGAACUUCCUUGGUGGUUGGAUCUUCUCGUGGAAAGAUAUACCAUUAUGACCUAAGAAAACUGUCCGCACCUGUGAAAUCAGUCAGUGCUCACAAAACCUCUGUGAAGUGCAUAACACUACAGUGCCCUAACAACUUUUCAAGGUCUAGCCUUAAGCCAUCCUUAACUAAGCAGGCCUGCAAAAGAUCUGAUAUCAAAACAACAAGCAAUACUGGAGGGAUUCAGAAUGCUGGCGUGAUCAAAAACGUUACUCCUAACAUGCCUGCCACGUUCCUGUCCCCAUCCUUGCCAACAGCUGAAGUUAAAGGAGCUGAUGCCAUUCAGGAUAAAUCUGGAUUCCCAUGCAGCUGCAGUUUGGAUGUAAUUCCUUCCAAAGAAAUUGAUCAUGGGAAUACUUCUAAUCCAGCUGAUGAUUUGGGGAGAAAUAGUUUUGGUGACUUGUUCUCUCCACUUCGAGAUGAUGUUGCAGUUUGUAAAACAAGUGAAGAUGUUCCUGGAAAGAGUGAUGGUAUGGAUUUUCAACCUUACCUUUCCAGUUUGGAUUUUCUCUCCCAGUUCAGCACUGCAUUGCCUGCAAGAAAAAAUCCAGUAGGAUCUGGCCCACAAAUAGUGCAUUCUAGUCCACUUAAUAUAUUUGUUGGCUCUCCUAUCAAAGAAGAUGAUGAGAAUCCAGAAGCUGAUGCUAAGAAAACUAAUCAUGGAAGACAAGAGUCCAGAGAACAUUUCAAACAGUUGAGUUCCUCCAGCUCUGAGUUUACAACUAUGAAUACCUCCCCGUUGGGCACCAUAAUCAGGAGUCCUGAUCCCCGAGAGAGGCUUAUUAAGAACCUUCAGGCACAACUGACCUAUGAAUCGCCAGUGAACGGUCCUACCUCAGCAACUUCAAAGAUAACUUCUUCGGUUACUGCUGGAGUUGCCAAUUCGCUAUCGGAAAAAAUAGUAGACACUCUUGGAAGCAGCAGAUUGAAUGCACCUUUAUCAUCCGUUCAAAUUCAUUUCAUUCAGAAUAUGAUACAAGAAACUCUGGAUAACUUCAGGGAAGACUGCCACCGUGACAUUGUGAAUUUGCAAGUGGAGAUGAUCAAACAAUUUCAUGUGCAGCUGAAUGAAAUGCAUGCCUUACUUGAAAGAUAUUCUGUAAACGACGGCUUAAUAGCUGAAAUUGAAAGAUUACGUGAGGAAAAUAAAAGAUUGCAAGCCCACUUCUAAAAAGUCCAUGUUCAUGCAAGGAAAAUGAGUUGAAUUUUUUUUAUUGUGCUAUGGCACAAUGAUGUCAUGUGUCUGAUACUUAAGUAGUAUGUGUAAACUCGGUGUUUUUUUUCCAGCACUAAAGAACCUUAUUUUAAAAUAGAAAAGGCAAUAGUUAACUGAUUAAUACAAAAACAUGCACUAAUAAUGUUUAUAUCAAAGGAUUUUAAUGGAAAACCUGAAAUACAUUGCAAUCAAUUUUAGCUAUAAACAAAGUGCCUUUUUAUAAAGGGAAACUAAAUAGGAAAUGUAUUUUGUAUAAGAAUUGCUUUGUUCUGAUAAAUUUAUAAUGCAUUUCAGUGAUUUUUUUUGCAGUGAAGACUUCUAUGACAAUGUCUUGGUUUUGUUUCCUUUGGCUAGAAAAAAACAUUAAUGUUUCACAAGCAGUUUUUAUUGUAUAUGCUCUUUUGCUACUGACUUUUUCCUGUAAAUGUUACUUUGUAGGUGUAGGAUGCAAACUUAGAUUUUUGUUACAACUGAGUUGCAUAUUUACAUAAUUUAAUGGCAUACUGAUAAUUUGUUUCGACUGAAUAAACAAUUUGUGAAGUUGCAUAAACAUGCUUGACUAAUAACAGUCCUCUGACUUUCAGCUUGGUCCUCAAGCUCUCUUUUUAGCACAGGUCCAGUGCAGUCUUAAGAGUCAUAGGAACAUCUGUCAUUUUACCCAGUCUGCAAUUGUGGUUGGAAAAGAUAUAUUUACCAUUGUAUGAAUGGUCAAGAGCAGAAAAUCAAACUCAUAUUCCUAUUUGACUCUUGUCUUAAAUGUAAUGGCUGAUUACAGGUUUAAACUCUUUGGGCAUACUUUUAUCUGGCAUCAUAUUACCAUUUUUGCAUUGUGAAUUGAGUGCUUACGGUACUUUGUGGUUCACAUGCAGCCUGUUCAGACAGUAGGCAAACUUAAUUUUUAAAAUGAAAAGUUGUUGCCCUGUGCCCUGCCUACAUUUUGAACAGUCUAUGCAACUAAGACUGCAGUCAUGCCAGCCUACAUUGAAGCAAGUCCCAUUGAGUUUAAUGAGACUGACUUCUAGGUAGACAUCUCUAUAGAAUUGCACUGUAAGAUUAUCAUGAACCUCUCUCUCAAGUUGACUACAAAACGUGGCUUGUCUUCAGAGUAUUAUCAUUAAGGAACAGCCUUAAGCAUUUCAACACAGUUUUUGCCUUGGGAAGGGCUUUAGAUUGGGUGGAGGGAAUGACUGACCCUUGCAGCCUGGCUUUCUCAGCAUUGCUGUUCUCUGACGCCAUUAUUUCUUAGAAGCCUAAAAUCUAUAUUAACAAUAUUAAUAGUGUAAUUGUUAUGCACAUAGUUGCCUUGGGAGGAUUUACCCUUAAAGUUAAACAAGUUUACUUGGAAAUUUGAUGUUCACUAGGACUUCAUCCCAUUUUUUAGGAUUUCAGGAAGAAUGUUGAGGAUCAUAGCUUCUGCUCUGCUCUUUUUAUUUAUAAAUACUAUGUUGUGAAGGACAGUAUGAAGCUUGGCAACAUCCAAUAACUUCUGCUGACCAUCAUGUUUCUUGUAUGUGUACAGCUAAACGACACAAGAUCUCUCUGCCCACUUUUUGGAGAUUCCCCUCUCCCACAGCAGCCCAAUGUGACACAGGCCCUAUUGUUCAGGAGGCCUCCCAGUCCCUAAAAAGUGUUUUUCAGGGGUGCAGAGAGGAGCAAAAGAGAAAAGGGGUUGUACAAGCUGCCUUCCACUUGUGUUACCGCAAGCUUACUUUUUAAGGUGUCAUGCUUUUGUUUUCACGGUAGCAGACUUGACCCUGGGUACUUCUCUGGAAUUUUGGAGAAAAGAAACUUUUUGACCUCAGUGUUGGCUGUUCCUUAUAUUUAGAGAUAACCUUUGACUGUGCAGACUUACCUUGUUUUCCUCCUACGUCAUGAAACUAUGCAGCAAUCAUCCAGACCUCAGGGGAGUAAUACAGGAUUGAUGUUCCUGAAACUGAAAUUGCAGAUGACUAUAUGCAAUCAUACCUAUGGGAAUUACUGUUGAAAGUAAAGCAUUUAAGUGCAUGAUUCAGCUGCAGCUUUGUACAGAAAGAAUGCAUGCUGUCUUGGCAGAGAUAUAAAACUUUGAGAUAACACACGUCAAAAUAGUACUUGUCUUCAUUUGCCCUCAUUUUAGUAUGUAAAGCAUUUUAAAGUUUGAUGCAAGAGAAUUUGUAAGAUAUACUACUUUGCUUUUGCAUGCUGCAUAGAUCAAAAUCAAUGGGACAUUAAAAUGCUAAUAUGUAGACAUAAAAUUGAGAAAUACCUUGAUAGGGGGAGAAACUUUGAGUACUUGUAGUUUUAAAACUUUCACAGCAGAACAUUAAAUGCUUUUGUUUUGGUUUUAUGUGUUAAACCUUUGACCUUAGGUGCAAUAACAUCAAUAAUUUAAACUUAAAGCAUAUAUUUCUGUGUUUAAUUACAUGCCUCACCUUUGGCUUGUUAUAAUUUUCUUUUUCUUUAUAAUUGGGACAAGGAGGUGCUUUUUGUACUCAUAAACUCUUAUGGAAAACUU